ACAUGGAGCAAAUUAUGGCAGUGUUCCCUACUAUAAGUCUUCUCCUUUUCCUCUCCCUCCUAUACUAUUUUCUCUCCCAAGUCCCAAUUUAUGGCAAAAAAAUAAAAAACCCAUAAAUUUUCUAUAGUCUGGAGCAGGAAAUUAAGAGAGAAAUGGACGUUGAAAUGGUAAAGUGUGAGUGUUGUGGAUUGAAAGAAGAUUGCACACAGGAUUAUAUAAGUGAUGUGAAGGCAAAAUUUGAUGGUAAAUGGCUCUGUGGUUUGUGUUCAGAAGCUGUAAGAGAUGAAAUUAAUAGAGGGAAUAAAGAAUUUGUAAUGGAAGAAGCUGUUAAAGCUCACAUGUCAUUUUGUCGUAAAUAUAAGUCGAAUCCAGCCAUUCGAGUUGCAGAUGGGAUGAGGCAAAUGCUAAGGAGAAGGUCAGGUGAUUUGUCGUCUUCUUCUUCUUCUUCAAAGAAAUACACAAGCUCUGCAGCAAAAUCUUAUUAGUAACCAAAGUAAAGGGAUGCCUCUCAUCUUUGGUCGGAAUAAGGUAUAACAAUUUGUUUUGUAUGUAUAUUUGGUACGCAGUACUAGAUUCGACCUUAUGGUGUAAUAAUAAGAUUUUAACUUUUUGUUUCUUCCUUAAUCCUUACCCAACAUCCCAUUCAUAGCCAAGUCUUGUUUGUACAUACAUUUUAAUUUCAAUGGAGCCAUCUACCUGGCUUUUGUUUCUUUUUCAA